GCCAACUACCAAUUAAUUAAUUGACCUUUUUCUUUUAUGUAUUUCUUGUGUAACUUCCAAGCAAGGGAGCUGAGGGUGUUAUAACUAUAUAGACGCGGAGACGCCCAGUCCUUCCUAUCGCACACCAAACAUAUCUUCAUUCAAUUCUCUACCUUGGCCUUUUUAGCAUUCAAUUCCUUCCCUCACCAUCAAAAAAUGGCAGAAGGUGUUCUCUUCACCGUUGCUGAGGGGAUCAUUGGCAAAUUGGGCUCUCUGGCUUUCAAAGAGAUCAAAUUGCUCUGGGGUUUCAAAGAUGAGCUUGAAAAACUCACGAACACGGUUUCCACAAUCCAAGCUGUGCUUCUGGAUGCAGAUGAGCAACAGCUUGGGAGCCAUGCAGUUAGAGAUUGGCUGAAAAAGCUAGAGGAUGUCAUGUAUGAAGCAGACAACUUGCUAGAUGAUUUCUCCACUGAAUCUCUGCGGAAAGAAAUGAUGACCCGUGAUAAGAUGGCAAAAGAGGUACGCAUAUUUUUUUCCAAAUCAAACCAGCCUUUAUAUGCUCUCAAAGUGAGUCAUAAGAUUAAAGCGAUAAGAGAGAGGUUAGAAGCCAUCAACUACGAUAGGAGGAGUUUCAACUUGGAGGUACGACCUGUAGAGACACGAGUCGGGAACAGGGAGAGGGAUAACACUCAUUCUUUUGUACUUGCAGAAGUAGUUAUUGGUCGACAAGAUGAUAAGAAGGCAAUUAUAGAUCGUCUACUAGACUCCAACAUUGAAGAUAAUGUUUCAAUCCUUCCGGCUGUUGCCAUUGGUGGAUUAGGAAAGACUACACUAGCUCAACUCAUAUUCAAUGACGAGCAAAUCCAAAAGAAAUUUCAACUCAAAAUGUGGGUGUGUGUCUCUGAUAUUUUUGAUGUUAAAAAUAUUGUUGCAAAAAUCUUAGAAUCUGCAACAAAGGAGAAACUAGAAAUUGUUGAAAUGGAUACAUUGGUAAACAAUCUUCGAAAAGAAAUUGAAGGAAAGAAAUACUUCCUUGUGUUGGACGAUGUGUGGAAUGAGGAUAAUGAAAAAUGGUGUAGCUUGAAAAAAGUACUAAUGGUUGGUGGAAGAGGCAGUAGAAUAUUAGUGACUACCCGCAAAGAAAGCGUUGCAAUGACCAUCCGCCAUGAAAGUGUUGAAGGGAUUAUCGGGACAGUUCAAUCAUAUUUCUUAAAGGGUUUAGAUAAAGAAGCUUCCUGGUCUUUAUUUAAGCAAAUGGCAUUUGAGAAAAGACAAGAGCCAAAGAAUUCAAGCAUCGUAGCAAUUGGGAUGGAGAUCCUAAAGAAAUGUUCAGGUGUCCCUCUGGCCAUAAGGACAAUCGGAAGAUUACUAAGCUUCAAAAAUCCUGAAACAGAGUGGUCGUCUUUUAAGAACAAUGAACUCUCAAAAAUAUAUCAAAAUGAAAAUGACAUCUUGCCAACUCUGAAGCUGAGUUAUGAUCAUCUCCCUUCACAUUUGAAGCACUGCUUUGCUUAUUGUAGCUUAUUUCCAAAGGAUUACAAGAUUAACAAAUCAACACUAAUUCAGUUUUGGAUGGCACAAGGGUUUAUCAAGUUAUCAGAUCAAAAUCGAUGCUUGGAAGAUGUUGGCCAUGAGUAUUUUAUGGAUUUACUAUGGAGAUCAUUCUUUCAAGAAGCUGAAAUGAAUGGGUUUGGAGACAUAAUUAGAUGCAAAAUACACGACCUCAUGCAUGAUCUUGCCAUAUCAGUGGCAGGAUCGUUGAUCACCACCUUAGAUGAUAAGGAGAUAAACAUUGAUGAGAAAACUCGUCAAGUAGCAGUUGCUUACCAUAUAAGCAGUUCAUCUGAAGUUACAACUUCAUUGUGUAAAGCAACUAGGAUGCGAACAUUUCUUUACCUUGGCCAGCAGGACUUUGAGGCUAAUAAUAUUGAUUGUGAUGCAACCUUUUCAAGUUCCAAGUUCUUACGCGUGUUGGAUUUGCAUCAGUUAUUUGGUUCUCGAGUAACUUUGCAAAAUUUAAGCUUUAUUGGGAUGCUGAAACAUUUAAGAUAUCUUGAUCUUUCUUAUGAGAAAGAAAUGAAGAAACUGCCUGAUUCUAUAACCAGAUUGCAAAAUUUGCAAACUCUAAAACUCUCCGGCUGUGAGUCACUAAAAGAAUUGCCGAGAGACAUUAAAAAAUUAGUCAACCUCAGGCGCCUUGAGAUAGAUGGAUGUGAUAGUUUGAGUUAUAUGCCAGUUGGAUUGGGGCAACUGACUAACCUUCAGACGUUAACCGCAUUUUAUGUCCACUCGGGUUCUCCCUCCAGACAUAGUGAUAGUGGUGGUUUACAAGAACUAGGCGGAUUAAAUAAGCUGAGAGGAAGAUUAAGUAUUGUAAAAACUCGGGGACAUGGGAAAGGUGUUGCGUUAGAAUGUAAGGCUGCGAAUCUGAAGGAGAAACAACAUCUUCGUACUUUGUCUAUAAAGUGGUGGAAAGAAGUUGUGUUAGAUGAUGCCAAUAAUUCGGAUGAAGCGUCAUUAGAUGAAGCGUCAUUGGAAGGCUUGGAACCGCACCCAAAUCUGAAAGGGCUUUCCUUAGAAUACUAUGAGGGUUCAAGGCUUCCAAGUUGGCUCUUGUUACUCACAAAUCUUGUUUCAUUUCGAUUACAGUUUUCUCCGAAAUGCCAGUAUCUGCCAACGUUGAGUCAACUGCCUUCUCUUAAGAAUCUUACUCUUUUUGGGUUGAAGGCUAUGGAGUACAUAUCAGAAGACGGUGAUAGCAAUGAGUUCUCUUCUUCUUCAACGGUGCAAACACCAUUUUUCCCGUCUCUCGAGUUUAUUAGGCUCUAUCAAUGCACUAAUCUCAAGGGGUGGUGGAGGAGUAAGAUGGAUUCUUCUGUGGAGCUCAAUAGUGAUAGUGAUAAUUCCGUUGAAAUAACGGAGCAUCAUUUACUCCCUUCCUUUCCUCGUCUCUCAGAAUUACGGAUCGAGUAUUGCCCUAUGUUGACUUCCAUAGAGUGGAUCCACAACUGCAAAUCACUUCAAGUGCUUGAAAUUAUUAACUGCUUGAAUUUGGCAUCUCUGCCCGAAGGAAUGCAUAGGCUAACAUCUUUGCAGAAGCUAACAAUUAAGGAUUGUCCCAUCUUAUUGCAAAGAUACAAUAGAGACACAGGUAAGGAUUGGGCCAAGAUCGCUCACAUUCCAGAGUUACAUUUAUAGUAACUGCCUCAAGAGUAAGAAAAUUCAAGCACCCAUGCAUGCAUUUCGACUGAUUCGGAUGCAGAAGCAGCAGAACCCGUUGAAGGCACAAAAGAAACGGGACAGAGAUUCAGAGCUUAUUAAAAUUAAAUGAAGAAAAUGAAAAUUAUUAUAUCAACUGAGAAAAAAUUAAAACACCCAUGGAUCGUCGAAUUAUUCAGAAGUAGCAGAACCAAUUGAAGUACAGAAGAAACAGGGGAUAGAGCUUCAGAGCUUAUCAAAAAAAAAAAAAUUCUAGGGUACUGGAUUCGUGGUUCUUCACAUAAUAGGAGCAAUUUGAAAAUUGGUACUUGGUGAUAUUCAAGCAAAUAUUAAGCGGAAGAUCCAAGCUGGCAACAACACUCUGAGAACUACGUUACUGCACGGCUUCUAGAUGUUGAUCGCCUUGGUUUAAGAUGAUAGGUUGAUGUUAAUGCUAGCUUAUAGCAUACAACAAAUUCAAGGGCUCCCAUAUUCCAGGUGAUUUAUUUUUGGCUAUGUUGGGGCUCCUAACAGCACAAUCUGUUUUUCAUCUGCAGGUAUAAUAAGCGAUUGGUUUUCUCUUUAACAGAUGUUCGAUUAUACUGAUUACUGUUUACACUAACGGGAGAUAUCCAUUGACUAUUAUUACUAGCAAUAUGGACGGACAGUGUAUUGGUGAAGCUAUUCCUUCUGUAGAUAUUAGCAACACCAAAUGAUGCCUUUGCUGCUCUAUAUAUUUUAAAAACAUGAAAUUUGUGGUAUACGCUUCUCUUCCCAGUGCCAAAGGGUGAAGAGGGGUAGAGUAGUGCAGGACUUUGACAAUGAUGUAUUUCCUUUUUUGUAUAUUUAAUGGUAAUUUUAAUCCUUAAGAGGUAAUCUGGAAGCUGUUUGCACAAUUUUGUAUAGUUGAUUAGCUAUAGGCCUACAACAUUAAGUGGGGUGUUUGUUUACCUGGUGUGAAGAGAGAUGAUUUGCAUUAUUUGUUGAGGAUAAAAGGAUGAACAAAAAACAGUAAGUGGUGUUUGGUAGGGAAGUAUGGAUAAAAACUAUAGCUUGGAGACUUAGUUUAGACGCGUAUCAUUUCAGAGAUGUUAUUCAGUAUUCACUUGAUGCAAAGAAAAUUUUAAAAGAAUUGAAGUUUUAGAUUUUAAAUAUCUUUAAACUUGAUAUUGGAGAAAGCAGAAAUCCUCUGAACUCUCACUUGAAAUGUGUACAUAUUUAGGUGGGAGUGGGCAAGACUGGCGUAAGACAACUAGAAUCCCAGUACUAGAGUUGGUUUGAAAAGGACUCAACACUCCAUUGUUUAUACAACACAAUACAUAUCAUUAAUUGGAUUGCGAUUGAAAAGGAUUCAACAUUCCAUUGUUUAUCUUUCCUUAACUCUUUGUAAUCAAAUACAAACCCAGUUCUCUUUAGAUUUUUCUGUUUCAUUUCAGGUACUUUUUAGCUUCUCAACUUUUUUGAUUCUUUAUGUGGAAGCAAGAUGGGAAUCAAAUGAUGAAACAUACAAGAGUAUGUCUUUCGUCAAAGAAAGCUGCUUCUACAACUAUGCAGCAACUACCAAACAAUUGUAGAAAUAUGUGAUUACUCAAUUGAGAUGGCUCUUAAAGACUAAAAAUUGUAAAGCUGGCAUUUGGUAAUUCACUUUUCAAAUAAGAUGACAAGAGCCAGCAGUAUCAUAUGUUGGAACUGUGAAAUGGCCAGCUCAACAAUUUCAAAGGGACUUGCAUUUUUGUCAAAAGUGGAAAAUUAAGGUGCGUGGAACUCAUGUACUAAUGGAGGUAAGGAAUACAGAGACGAAGCUUUACUAGGAGGGUGAAGGAAAGACUUGAAUGCAAAUAUCUCAUACCAGCAGUAGCUUCCCUGUGGAUUAUGUGCCCACUGUGUUCGACAACUUUCGUGCUAAUGUUGUGGUUGAUGGUAUAGCGCAGUUAUCCUUGGACUAUGGGACACUGCCGGACAGGAGGAUUAUAACUGGCUGAGGCCUUUGAGUUCCAAAGGUGCAUAUGUUUUCUUGUUGGCCUUCUCUCUCAUCAGCAAAGCUUGCUAUGAAAUGAAAAUAUCUCCAAGAAGUGAAUUCUUGAGUUGUGGCAUUACGCUCCGACUAUGCCAAUAGUGCUUGUAGGAACCAAACUUGAUGUACGGGAAGGCAAGCAGUAUUUGGUUGAUCAUCUUGGCGCUACAUCAAUGAUCUUGCAGUUGGCUGCUGUUUGGAAAGAGGAUUGUCGACCAAAAGAGGGAGGGAAAAAUUCAUAUGCUAUUGAUACGAGGGGUGAUUAAAAUACAACAUGAUAUUUAGUGCAGAUUUUCUUCUAUGAGGACUCACAACAGUUGCCUGUCCAGAUUUUAGUCAUUUCAAAUUCAUUGAGACCUGAAUUUUCAGUUUGAUUUUUUUUUUAUUUAUUUUUUAUAAGUUUCUGGGUAUGUAGUAUUCCUAAAUAGAUCAAAGAUAUUUUCUUAACUUCGAGUUCAUAA